CUUAAUGGGUUAUUUCAAUAUUGUAUUCAAUGGAAUACGGCUACGAGAGUGAGCGAAGCUAGCUGCAAAGGAUUUGAAAAUUCCUUCUGAAGAUCUUAAGAAUUUUAUCAUUCAGCAUGACUCCACUCAUAGGGCUCAUAAGAGAGCAAAGACAAAUUAUAAUAGCAGAAGUGGAUUUUCAAGAGACCAGGCUUAUUUUGAUAGCAUGAUCGAUUCCUCCCCAUUAAAAUAACAACGUAAUCAGAAAGAUAAAGCUUGUUGCUGAGCAAAUUCUUGAAAAAGGGUACCAUAACCCUCCAGAUUGUGGGUGAGAAGUUGCAAAUCAAAAUUUGAACAAAAGAAAAAUAAAGCCUUUGAAUAUGAGAAGGACAACUGCUGCUUCAAAUCGAGCUCAUCUAGACCAUCAAAAUAAUACUCUUGAGCAGACAGAUUUCUUAGAAGGUAAGAAAUCUGAAGGUUUUUUCUUGACUGACAUUGCGAGUAAAUAUCCUCAAAAUACUCGAAGAAAUCCCUCCAGUAAGCCUGAAGGGAGUCGAAGAAGCGGAAGAAUGCCUUCAGAGAAGAUUAUUGCCAACCAAAGAGUCACUUUUCUCACAAAACCUGAGGAUGUCAGCCUCCAGGAAAACAAAAGUUUUAACCUAGUCAAGUGUCGUCAACGUCUCAAGGAGCUCACUGAUAGCAGGAUGAGGAACUUACUUAAAAAGAAAGAGAAAUAGGGAAAAGCAGUUAGAAAAGUUCUAUAAAUCUCAAAGAAAACAGGAGAAAGGCAAGAUUGCCAUUCAGCUGAAAUAAAGAAGAGCAUCGCCAGAUUAUUUUCCAGAGCUACAAGAACAAGAUUAAGCAACUGGAGGAUAAGUCCCUGAACGAGUACAGGAGUCAGGUAAGACAAAGCAGAAAAAGAAUGAAGAAAGAGUAUCAGAACUUUACGAAAUCCAGACAUUCAACUGGGUUUGCAAAUUACUACACCCAAGACACUAGGAUCUAUGCAAGCGAUGCUGAAAAGAACCUAGAGGCAUAUAACCAAAAGCAGAGACUAGCAGAGCAGAGAAUUACUAACAAUUUGGAAAAAGUAUCUUCUAAAGCGAGAAAAGCAACUGAAAAUGUACCUAAAAUAUCUGAAAAGAAAUCUCUGAUAGACUUACAGAAAGAGGAAAGACAGCAAAUAGAGUUUGUCAAGCUGCAUCGGAAGAACGCAAGCUCUUACAGAAGGAAAGAGACUUUGAUGAAGAAAAUGAGAGAAAACCAUAAGCUAAAUUUAUCAAUGAGAAUUGAGAAAUCCAAGUCAAUCAAGAACUACAACGAUCAAGAGUUUUCUCAUUGGCAAGGAAAAUUACAAUCACAAUACUUAAAAGAUUUAAAAAAAAUUAAACAAAAGAAGGAACAGCUGGAUAAUAAUGUAGAGAAUCUCAAGGAGGUGAAUACACUGAGAUUUUGAGUGAUGCAGAACAAUUUCAAGAGAGAACAAAGAAGGUCCCAGCAUCGCAAGAAUCGAUUACUUGAUAGAGAGAUUAACAACAGAGAAAGGGUUCAAAAGAUCCACCAACAGAAGCAGGCCACUAUUGAAAACCAGAUGGAGAUCAACCGAAUUGUGAGAGAACAAGCCCAGAUGAUUAAUUUCCACUAGCUCAAUACUGUAC